AUGGCCACAUGGAGGGAACUAGGGGAGGUCCCAGAUUCGGACGAUGACGGAGACUUCGACAACCAUGGGCAGGCACACGAUUCGACACUCACCUUUUCCUUUAACUUGGACCAACACAAUGGAGCCGCUCCUUCGACAUCGCAGGCGGUCCCAACCCACGGAUUGCUGUCCCAAGCUAAGAACACAAGCCAGAGCAUGUGUGAUAUUCCCGCAUCCUCACCGAUCGGAGAUGCUCCAGUGGUGGCGCCCUUGCCCGAGCGGCCAUCUACUCCCCAGCCUCGAGUGCACAUGGCCAUGCCGCCGGCGUCGUCUCCCCUCUCCUCAGCCCCGGACGAUGAUGAGCUUGCCGAUAUGUUCUCAGAAGGACCAUACCGAGCUGCCGCUUCUGCAAUUUCGAAGCCGUCGCGUGUCGUUGUGUCCGCACGCGGCGAUUCACCAGACCCUCUCGGCUUCGAGACUGACGAUGUAUCGGCGGGACUUGUUGAGCUGACUGAGCCUCUACCCGAAUUCCUCUUCGAUCGAGAUCAUGCAACGCCGGUCCUCCCACCUGUUUCUACGCAACAUCUCCGUCGUCAACAUUCGGCUCCCCCGAGUCCCGAAACCGCCUCGGCCAUAGCCGCUGCUGUCACGGCCGCACAGCGCUAUGAGCGCUCAUUACGUCCGAGAAAACCUAUACAAGAGCAUCCGUACAUGAUCGAGAGCGCACAGUACAACAAAGCUCUGAAGGCCCGCGGCAUCAAACCCGUUCGCAUGCUGGAGGAGGCGCAUGCUCGAGGCAGGAACAAGACACCAGAAGAGGAUUCGCAAGAGCAGGAGUUUCAAGAAGAAAGUCAGAAUACCGUCAGUGAACACCAGGAGCGGUUGUGUGAGGAGAGUCAGUCGCUGCUGCAUGAAUCGUUGGACUACUCGGCUCCUUUCCCGACGUUCCCCUCGCCUUCCACUGCCAAGACGUCGUCUCAACCACCACGGAAUACCUCAAGCAGUCCUCGCAGCGUUUCACGCGAGACGAAUGUCACGAGCCCGUUCAUCGACUACGAACAUCACGAGAGCGACCAGGAGAGCGAUGAGUUGCCGUCUUUGAAACAGCUGUUGACUGCCCAGACGCCAUCCUUUCCCGUGAAGAGACAUCCAUCAUCCCUCCUGACCUCGUCACGGAAGUCGACGAAGAAAUCUGCUUCGCACAUCAGCCUCGAGCCGACCUCUACCAACUUACAUUCGGUGCACGCUCCGCACAUCAAAUUCCGAGAGCUCGAGGAGUCCUUCCAGCGUCUCAUUUCAGGCUAG